AUGGAUUCAAUCUUAAGAUCCCAAAUUUUCCAUCUUCCCUUACUUGUUCUUCUCUUCUUCUGCCUUCCUUCAAUCUCCGAAUCCAACCAGUUCGGCGAUACAGUAUUUGGAUAUGGCGAAUCCACAUGCGGGGUUUCUUCGCCGUCGGCGUCGAAAAUACUGAUAAAGGGAGGGACUGUUGUGAACGCUCAUCAGCAGGAGGUUGCUGAUGUUUAUGUGGAGGAUGGGAUCAUUGUCGCCGUUAAGCCUCACGUUCAAGUUGGGGAUGAUGUAACUGUUCUUGAUGCCACUGGAAAGUUUGUCAUGCCAGGAGGAAUUGAUCCUCAUACUCACCUUGCUAUGGAGUUCAUGGGUACAGAAACAAUUGAUGACUUUUUCACUGGUCAGGCUGCAGCAUUAGCAGGUGGAACAACUAUGCAUAUUGACUUUGUUAUACCUGUUAAUGGGAGUUUGACGGCGGGUUUUGAAGCUUAUGAAAAAAAAUCGAGGAAAUCAUGCAUGGAUUAUGGUUUCCAUAUGGCAAUUACAAAAUGGGAUGAAACCAUUUCAAAAGAAAUGGAAAUAAUGGUUAAGGAAAAAGGGAUAAACUCUUUCAAGUUUUUCUUGGCCUACAAGGGCUCUCUAAUGAUUAGUGAUGAGCUUCUACUAGAAGGUUUCAAGAAAUGCAAGGCUCUUGGCGCUCUAGCCAUGGUCCAUGCAGAAAAUGGAGAUGCUGUUUAUGAAGGACAACAAAGAAUGAUAGAACUUGGUAUUACUGGUCCUGAGGGACAUGCUCUUUCAAGGCCACCAGUGUUGGAAGGAGAGGCAACUGCUCGGGCAAUUCGAUUGGCAGGUUUUAUCAACAAUCCUUUGUAUGUGGUUCAUGUGAUGAGCAUUGAUGCUAUGGAAGAAAUUGCUAAAGCUCGGAAAUCAGGGCAGAGGGUUAUUGGAGAACCUGUAGUAUCUGGGUUGGUCCUUGAUGAUUCUUGGCUUUGGCAUUCUGAUUUUGUUACUGCAGCAAAGUAAGAAAUGAGACAUUGAAUUCUUAACAAUGACCAUAUUACAUGUAUCGAAAUCUUUUCAGCUUAUUCUUAUAGUAAAUUAUGCAAUUUUCAGCUUGUAGGAACCGACCACUGUACCUUCAAUUCCACACAGAAGGCUCUUGGAAUUGAUGAUUUCCGGAAAAUCCCGAAUGGUGUCAACGGUAUCGAGGAGAGGAUGCACCUUGUCUGGGACACAAUGGUGGAAUCUGGCCAAAUUUCAGUUACUGACUAUGUCCGAGUAACAAGCGCGGAAUGGUAUAUUUGAUAUUAUUCUGUUGAUAAUGUAUUCCCUUACAAUAUAUCUAUUCUUAGUCCUUUGAGAUAACAAAGUAAAUGUGUAGGAGCACAUGUUAAGAUAAAUGCUAAUCCAAACUCAAGUUUUGAAAUAAGUGCAAAGUCCCACCACUCUAGAUCUGACACAAAUGUAUAUGAAGGAAGGCGAGGAAAGGGAAAGGUUGAGGUGACAAUUGCUGGUGGAAGAAUUGUUUGGCAAAAUGAUGAAUUGAAGGUUAAUCCAGGUUCUGGAAAGUACAUAGAGCUGCCACCUUUUAAUUAUCUUUUCAAUGGAAUUGACAAGGCAGAUGCUAACUACUUAUCUUCUCUACGAGCUCCGGUUAAGCGUUCUAUAUCAAUAAACUAAAAAUGGCAUGUUUUAUUGUAAUAUUUUCUUUCUAAUUAUCAUCUUAAGUUAGUGUGAUUUCAUUACAUUAGUAAAGAAAGAAUUUGAUCGAACUUGAAUUGUUGGAAUGACUGUCAUUAGUUUCCAAGAUGUGAAUAAUUAGGUUGCACAACCUCCUGUGUACAUUACUGUGUGAUGUUUAUAUGAAUA